AUGCGCCUCCAUUGCUAUUCUCAACGUUCACUACGUAACAACCUGCGCACUCGAGUGACGUUUUUCGUUGCCUGUGUGUGGCCAACGUUCCAACCCUCGGCAGGCACCGGAGCUGUUCACUAGAUUGUUCUGUCUACUUAAAAGACCCACACAUCACGUCGAGACAUGCAUCCAGCAAGUGCCAAGUGGUACGACCGGAGGGACUCUGUUUUUAUAGAGUUCUGCGUAGUGGACAGCAAAGAUGUAAAUGUCAGUUUUGAUAAAACCAAGUUUAUUUUCAGUUGUGUUGGAGGAACUGACAAUGUCAGACAUGAGAACGAAAUAGAACUCUUUGAAGCCAUUGACGAAAAUGAAUCCAAACACAAGCGCACAGAUAGAUCAGUGUCGUGCUACUUACGGAAAGCACAACCAGGGAAGUCAUGGCCGAGGCUUACAAAAGAGAAGUCUCAGCCAAGGUGGCUCAGUGUUGACUUUAACAACUGGAAAGAGUGGGAAGAUGACUCAGAAGAGGAAAUGGGCAACUUUGAUCAAUUCUCAGAUAUGAUGAAUAACAUGGGAGGUGGUGAUUUUCAACCUGAUCUUGAUGGUGAUGAAGAUGAUGACACUGCAGACAGUGACGAUGAAAAAAUGCCCGAUUUGGAAUAGAGGGACUGAUACUCUGCAAAGAACAGAAGACCAGCAUUGAAAGGAAGCAACUGAAAUCUACACAUUGUAUUUUGAAGGCAGUGAAAAACUAGUGUACAGCCAGCAGCCAUAUUAAAAUGCAUAACCUCUGCUCCAAGCUCCUGCCCAGUCAGUCUAGUGAAGGUUGAUAUGCAUGGUAUUGUACAGAGCAGCUAUCUCCACUUCCAUUUGUUGUACUGUACCUGUCAGGUAUCUUGCUUUACUGUAAUAUUACCAAUGAAGCACAUAUUAUUGAAUGGAAAAGCUUGUCUUCAAUUGAGCAAUAUGUGUUAAAGAGAUUAUCAGAAUUGUGGUUUAUUGAAAUUAGGCACACUCUUUUCCAUUGUUGUGGUUUUAAGUUGGCAAACAAAUAGUGUAGUUUAAAAAAAAAAAAAAAAGAGAGCAAAUUGGAAGGGAUCCCGCUGAAGCCUUUAGUAUAAGAUAUCCAGGAAGCUGGUCUUUUUGUUUCUAUAGCUUCAAUCUCCAGCUUACAUGUUUCCCAG